GCUGCGACAGACCUGGCCCAGCCCUCUGGGAACCCAGGAUGGGGACCUCGGCUGGGGCCCUGUCCUCCCUCCUGCUGGGAAUGAUGCUCACAUACACCCCCGGGGCCCUGGGUGCCAACCCUGGCCUGGUCGCCAGGAUCACUGACAAGGGCUUGGAGUAUGUGGCCCAAGAGGAGCUGGUGACUCUGCAGAGUAAACUGUAUGAUAUCACACUGCCCGACUUCAGUGGGGACGUCAAGAUCAAAUACAUCGGCAAUGCGCACUAUGAAUUCCACAGCCUGGACAUCCACAGCUGUGAGCUGCUCGGCUCUGCUCUGAAGCCCCUCCCCAGCCACGGCCUGCAUUUCUCCAUCUCCGACUCCUUCAUCAGAGUCAAGGGCAAGUGGAAGGUGCGCAAGCGGAUACUGAAACUAGACGGCUCCUUUGACGUGAAGGUCAAGGGCAUCACCAUUUCAGUCAAUCUCCUCUUGGGCAGCGAGCCCUCUGGGAGACCCAAGGUCGCUGUUUCUAGCUGCAGCAGCCCCAUCCAUGAUGUGGAGGUGCACAUGUCGGGAGAUUUGGGGUGGCUGCUGAAUCUCUUCCACCAUCAGAUCGAGUCCAAGUUCCGAAGAGUAUUGGAGAGCAAGAUUUGCAAAAUAAUCCAGGACUCGGUGACCUCUGACCUACAGCCUUAUCUCCAAACUCUACCAGUCACCAUGGAGAUGGACAUUUUCGCUGGGAUUGAUUACAGCUUAAUGGAGGCCCCUCAGGCAACAGCGGAAAUACUGGACGUGAUGCUUAAGGGUGAAAUUUUUAGCCGUGAUCACCGCUCCCCGGUUGCCUUCCUUGCUCCUGUCAUGAGCCUUCCUGAGGAACACAGCCGAAUGGUCUACUUUGCCAUCUCUAAUUAUGCCUUCAACACCGCCAGCCUAGUUUAUCACAAAGUGGGAUACCUGAACUUUUCCAUCACAGAUGACAUGGUUCCGCCUACUUCUAACAUCCGACUGACCACCAAGUCCUUCCGUGCCUUCUUCCCCCGGUUAGCCAGACUGUACCCCAACAUGAACUUAGAGCUCCAAGGCACAGUGGUCUCUGCCCCGUUCCUGAACUUCAGCCCUGGGAAUCUGUCCUCAGCUGCCCAGUUGGAGAUUGAGGCCUUUGUGCUCCUGCCCAACUCCGUCAAGGAGCCUGUCUUCCGGCUUGGUGUGGCCACUAAUGUGUCUGUCAUGUUGACCUUCAACGCCAGCAAGAUCACUGGAUUCCUGAAGCCAGCAAAGAUGCAAGUGGAACUGAAAGAAUCUAAAGUUGGAGUAUUCAAUGUGGAGCUGUUGGAGGCGCUGCUCAAUUACUACCUUCUCAACACCCUCUACCCCAAGGUCAAUGAUAAGUUGGCAGAAGGCUUCCCCCUCCCUCUGCUAAAGCGUAUUCAGCUCUAUGACCCUGUUCUCCAGAUCCACAAGGACUUCCUGUUUUUGGGCACCAACGUCCGGUACCUGAGAGUUUGAGGACAGGGCGAAAGACAGGGCUUGGGGGCCACAGCUGGAUUGCCAAGUUGCAUUUCCAGAUGUGCAGCAUAUUCCUGGAGAUUCUGGGAGGAUGAAGACCAUUUCUGUUAUCAGCUCUGGGGGCCUGGCCUCGGUCCUCACACUCCUCCUUUUCAGCACGUAUACCCACACCCCCUCUAACUCUGGACUUUACUUUCCCACCAGGACGGACCGUCCUCCCCCACUAGCCUGUACUAUCUUUAAGGGCAGGCACUGUCUUUUUUAUUCACCAUCGGAUCCCUGUGCCUAGCAGAGUGCUUGCACUUAGUAGGUCCUCAAUAAAUAUUUAUUGAAUGGCUCAA